UAUUUCAAACAAGUCCCGCAUUAUAUUACAAAAAUUAUCCUUUUCUGUUUCACUUCUAACAUUUUCCAGAAUACAUAUAAGCUUAUAACUCACACCAUGAUAUCAAAACAAUUUUUUUCGCUUUGCAUAUCAUUGUAUUAAACUUAUAUUAAACGAUUUGUAUGUAAAUAUGUAUAUAUGAUUGAUUCAGGAAGAAAUAGAGGAGUAAAUAUUUUGUUGUCCUAAUGGAGCCUGGGGUAAUAAAAAAGUUGGAUAAAGUUGUCGUUAACCGAAUCGCUGCAGGAGAAAUCAUACAAAAGCCUGCAAAUGCGCUUAAAGAACUCAUCGAAAAUAGCUUGGACGCAAAAGCGACACAUAUUCAAGUGACCGUCAAAACUGGCGGCCUGAAACUAUUACAGAUACAAGACAAUGGUACCGGUAUACGGCGGGAGGAUCUUCCGAUAGUUUGCGAACGCUUUACAACAUCUAAAUUAACAAAAUUUGAAGAUCUGAGCAACAUAGGAACUUUUGGGUUUCGUGGUGAAGCUCUGGCUAGUAUAAGCCAUGUAGCUCAUUUAAGUAUACAAACUAAAACAGCAAAUGAAUCGUGCGGCUACAAAGCUUCUUAUGAAGAUGGAAUGAUGAAAGGCACCCCAAAAGCUAGUGCCGGAAAUCAAGGAACUAUUAUUACGGUAGAAGAUCUCUUUUAUAAUAUGCCACAAAGGAGGCAGUGUUUGAAAUCGCCAGCUGAGGAAAUGCAAAAAAUUUGUGAUGUUAUCUCCAAAUAUGCUGUACACAAUUCAAGUGUUGCUUUUACACUCAAAAAGUAUGGCGAACCCCCAAUAUUGCGUACUACUGGUCGUCGUACACGCGAAUGCAAUAUCACUGAUAUAUAUGGAACACAAAUUGGUCGUUCUUUAUUGCCCGUUGAAUUGGAGGAUGAUGUUCAUAAAUUCAAAUUCACAGCGUUGGUAACGAAUGUAGACUAUUCAGAAAAACGGGGAAUAAUGUUACUAUUCAUUAAUCAUCGACUGGUAGAUUCAAGUGCUUUAAAAGCGGCCAUAGAUAGUGUGUACAGUACUUACCUUCCGAAAGGAAUGCAUUCUUUUACAUAUGUAAGCCUCGAAAUAACACCAACACAUUUAGAUGUUAACGUUCAUCCAACAAAACAUGAAGUUCAUUUCCUAUACGAGGAUGAAAUUAUAGAUAAAAUUAAGCGUCGCAUAGAACUGAAGCUUUUAGGUAGCAAUACAUCACGGACUUUUUAUAAACAAUUGCGAUUACCGGGUAUAUCCAAUCCAGACAUGAAGGAUAAUGAAAAUGAAGCGUCUCUAAAAAAUUUUGAUAAGGAACGUAUGGAUAAAGAUCGUGUUCGAACCGAUUCUAAAGAACAAAAAUUGGACAAGUUUCUUUCACAAAAACCCAUUCCUAAUCAAGAAGUCAACAAUUCACAUUCAACUUCUUUCACUCAUAUUGAAGAUGAGAGCUUUAAAAUAAACACAGCGCGAAAGUCCGAAUUGCUGCUUACAAGUAUAAAACAAAUGCAGGAAAAUGUAGAACGCAGACUUAAUGUCAUGCUACGAAAAAUAUUGAAGGACCUUGUGUUUGUUGGAAUAGUGAACCAAACAUAUGCUUUAUUUCAAUAUGACACUAAACUAUAUUUGUGCAACACGUCCAAAUUUUGUGAGGAACUCUUUUAUCAGCGCUUGAUAUUUGAGUUUCAAAAUCUUCCCCAUAUUCAAUUGGAGACACCUCUAAAUAUUAAAGAGCUUGUCCGAAUAGCAUUGGAGUGCGAAGAAGCUGGAUGGUCGCCUGAGGAUGGCGAUAAAAUGGAACUCGCUGAAAGUGCAUGUAAAAUACUUAUCGAAAAAGCUCCCAUAAUGCGUGAAUAUUUCUCCUUAAGAAUUAAUGAGGAAGGUCAAUUAGAGGCAUUACCCGCCAUUUUACCUCAACAUUAUCCCAGCAGCACACAUUUGCCGAUGUAUAUAUUGCGCCUGGCUACAGAAGUGGAUUGGGAAUCAGAAGUAGAAUGUUUUGAAACUUUUUGUCGAGAAACCGCUCAAUUUUAUGCAUUAACGAGUGUACUGGAAAUAGAAUCACUGCCACAACGGCACAAUUGGCUUGUAGAGCAUGUCUUAUAUCCAUCAUUUAAACGGUACUUGCUCCCACCGAAUCAUUUGAAGCAACAAUUGUACGAAUUGACCAAUUUGUCACAACUAUAUAAAGUAUUUGAACGAUGUUAGUGUAGCUUGAUGUAGUAAUGAUUUAUUUUAUUUGUUUAGAAAUAUUUAUCAACAACUAUAAGUGCAUAAGCAACAGGGAAUAAAACUAAUUUCAAAACAAUAAUA